AUGCCUGUAGAAGACCCCACUUCCGGGCGCUUAUUGAUAUGGUUCAUCUCUUUCUUCAUGUUUAUUACUGUAGCUGCUGGAGGCAGCUUAUUGCUUUUGUAUCUUGUCCUCCCUUCAGACCCAUCUAGGGCUUGGCUUCCUGUUGCGGGUAUAGCCCUGGUUUGCCUGCCUUGGCUUUUUUGGUUUCUUACAUGCAUCUAUCGGUUUCUUUCGCGAUUCUUCGGAUUUCGGGUUGCUAUUGGUUCUGGUGGCGGUGGUGGAGGAGGUGGUCGUGCUCGUGCAAAUGUUUUUAAUACGACAGGAAAUGCAGCAACUAAUGGCCAGUCUGGUAACAUCGAAACUCAGGGCGAUGGAACGCAGGAUGAGUUUGAAGGGCCCACGAUAACGGUAGAGCAAAAUGAUAGUGGUGGCAAUGGAAAUACUGCAAUAAAGAGGAAUUUAUCCUCAAGCAAUUCAAUCAACAACAUGUCUUUUAGAUCACAUGAGAGUGAAUUGCCAUUGACCUCAUCCAUGGCAUCUUGA